UUGGCACUCACUUAUCUCUAUGUUUUCUUGUUUUGCCAGCUGCUGUAUCUUAAUAUUUCACCCUAACAACCCUACCCAAGUUCAAUUCUUCCAUAAAGUUUUUGUUUUUACCAUCAAUAUAGCUGUUUUACAACCCAUGAGUAAUGUAAAAUUCAAACUUUAUAGUUAAAAAGCCGGUUUUCCAGUUUCAUUUCUCUUUAACCCAAGGAUUUCUUGGAUCUAUCUCUCUUUUGUUUUCUAUAGUGUAAGGGUUCAAAAGGGUUUCGAUAGUUGGUUGGCGGGGGAGAUUUUCAGUGUUUUGAUUGGUAAAUUGAGUUCUUUGAUGUGUUUAUCGUAGGUAAAGGUGAGGUUUAGGGUUAGGUUCUUAUAGGUUGUACCUGUUUUCUGAAUCUGGAUUCUUGAUCCAUGGAACUGUUUCAGCCCGUUAGGGGUUUUAUUGGGUUGUUGAAAGUGUAUAAAUUUGGUGAGAUUUAGGGUAUUGACCACUUGAAUUCACGUGCCGGCUUUUCCUCUGUAGAUGCCCAUGUUGUUGAUUUGAAUUAAAGUUGGAUUGUUGAUUUGGUCCAUGGGCUCAGCUGGGUUCUUUUUGAUAUGUAUUUUGCAUUCUGUUCUAGCUCUAACAUGUGGAACCUUUAUGAUGUUUUACACCAGAGAGAUUUCAGUGUUUAGUCAUGGUAUUGAGGUUGCAAGUAAGCUUCAAGGUUCAACACCUCAUGAUCAGCUCUUGAUCCAAACCUCUGACUCCUUUUCUGGGUUGCUUUUGUUUUCUAUUGGGUUCCUUUUAUUUAUGGUAGCAUUUGUUAAAGAUCGAGAAUUCCAGAGCUUCUUUGCUAAAGGGUGUGUUCUUCUUCAUGUUUCAGUAGCUGUUUGGAGAGUUUACUUCGGAAGGGCGCUUGAGGAUCUUGCUCAUGAUUUGCCUAGGCAGGUUGUUGGAGAUAUUGCAUUAGCUCUUUCAUGGAUUUUCUUUCUUGUGUAUUCAUGGAGAGAGAAGUAUGAUUAGUUAAGAUUUUGCAUUGCCAAGUACAAUUUGGAUAAACAGUGUUUAAUGGAUGGAACUGUGAAUUUGAGGCGGAUUGAAAUGGUUAAAUUUGAAUUAUAGUUUGUGUACAAUUCUGGGUUUAGCCUACUGGAGUUUCUUGCGUUUUCUUUUAGAUUGCAGGGUGAAUCUUUACUGUUUGGGAUAUUUGGAGAGCAAGCGCAAACUAGACUCCGGGUUAUGGUGGGUGCAUUGCUCUGUUUCUGAUUUGGAACAUCCUUCAAGUGCAAGAAACUGGGAUUGACAAGUUCACUUGAGGAUAUUGAAUAUGCUUCAAUUUCUGUUCUUGUUAAGCACACUUUAAUAUUGUUCCUUUUAUGUUUUGUCAUUCAAUGAAAUUUCCUGUAAAUUCUCUUCAUCUUUAUAUGAAAAUGACAAGAAAAUAUAUUCACAAACA